AUGGUGCCUUGGUUAUUGCGAGAAGGCAGGACUGUCGCCACAGGGCCGAAGCGGCCGACCGGCGGCGGGGCUGCACCGGCAGGCCUCGCCAAGGCUCCCCAGGCAUCCGACGUGUCGUGGCGCCUGCCUGCGUCGAAGGAGUCGCCCUGCUCGGCGGCGCCUGCGCGCCGGCUCCUGCUCUACCUGCUGAUCUUCCUGUCUGGGGGCUUCUGCGCCGUCAUCGAUGCUGCAGGGCCUCGAGGGCGGUGGCCGCCGCCCAGUGCUCGCCCCGCCGGUGGAGCCCCAGGGCGCCGCCUCGGGCGCCCCGCCAGUGGAGCCCCAGGGCGCCGCCUCGGGCGCCAGCGCCCCGUGCCAGUGCAGGGUGUGUCCUCCGCGGCAGCGCGAGAGGAAGAAGUUGUUUCUUCUUCGGCCUUCGUUCACCUGCACAACGUCGCGGGGACGUUCAUGUGCCAGCAGGCGCAGAAGCAGGGCGAGUGCACGCCUCCAAACAGUCCCGUGGGCUGCAUGGUGGAGAAGUGCUCUGCAAGGCCUGAAAACAGGAUGUCGUGCAGUCAGCGGCAGCAGUUAGCUUGGACGUUCACGCAGAUGGAGCGCGACGUGAGCAGCGAAGACAUUGACGCGUGCGACGGGCUCUUGCACGGAGUUGUCUUGCGGGACCCCGUCAAGCAGGCGAUGUCCACCUUGUCCAAGAACAAGUUCGACAGAGAUUCGCUCAUGAAUGUUUUGAGGUCUGGCCGCGUCGAGGAGGUUAAGCACGCUCCUUGUCUGCCGCGGUGGGACACGUACCAACAUUUUGACAAUUUUGCAACCCGCUCUCUCGGAGACGCCUACAUGGUCGGUCCCCUGGGCGUCACCCGUGAGCACCUGGAGAUUGCAAAGCAGCGAUUGCGAAAGAUGGCCGUUAUCCUGAUCUUGGAGGAGAUGAACAGCCAUGCGGUGCAGUUGGUUCACGCGCUCGGUUGGGACUUGCAGACCAUCCUGUCGUCCUCCGCGAGUGGCAAGUCACGAAAGAGCAAGGACCGCGCGUUCACGGAGGAUGAUUUGGAUGUCAUACGCAGAGUGAACGCCAUUGACUACGAGCUGCUGUCGUUCGGCCGGGAACUGGCGGACAACCUCACGAGGGCGGCGAACGCGGCCCGCCAAGGUGUGCCCCGAUUGCUCAGAGAAGCGUCGCCGCCGCUGGCGAAGAGCUCUUGGAGAACUGGCGGCGACGACGUCGACGUCGACGUCGACGUCGACGCUGCGCUGCUGGGCGACCUCAGCGAGUCGACGUGCGACGAGGACGUCGAGGGCCCCGUGCUGGCGAUCCCCGCGCCCAGGGGGCGGGGAGGAGGAGACGGCCGCAGCGCGGUCUGA